GUCAAAAUCCAAUAGUCUCCUCAUAGCGUCUGCUACCGAACGAGCAACAUGAAACAAAUUAUUGUUGGUCUCAGCAUCCUUGCUUUGGCUUCAGGCGCCGCCAUAAACGAUGAAUCGCAGGCAGAAAUUCUUAGCCAGGAUUCGGAAGUAAACUUUGACGGCUCGUUCAGAUCAUCUUUCCAAACAAGCAACGGUAUAUCAAUCCAAGAGCAAGGUCAAUUGAAAAACGCUGGCAGCAAAAAUGGCGAAGCCCAAGAAGUCCAAGGGACUAUCCAAUAUUCAUCACCUGAUGGUACUCCAGUUCAGCUGCAAUACAUUGCCGACGAAAAUGGUUUCCAACCUCAAGGUGGUCACCUUCCUGUACCUCCUCCAAUUCCGGACGCCAUCCAGAAAUCAAUUGAGUGGAAUGCUGCGCACCCCGAAGAACAACAGGAACAAGCUCAACAACAACCUCCCAACAGGCGUUACUAAGUUGCGAUCACUUUGUUUUUUUCGCUGCCGUACUUUCUGUAAAUUGUUUUGUUGUUUUGUGCCAUGUACAAAAAUAAAUGUUUUC